GGGAGGGAGGACGGAGCGGUAGAGUGCAGUGAUAGUGACAUCCCGGAGUACUGAGAAGUCUGAGACACCCGCAUCACCCCUGAUAGUGAUUUUUGGAGAACUGUCCUCACAAUGACAGACCAAAGUAACGGCGCAACCAGCUCAUCGAAGGCCAGAAGCGUCCUCACCUGGGAGCAAGUAGACCGCUUGAACAGCUUUCUGACAGAAGUGGUUCCCAUCCAUGGACGUGGCAACUUUCCCACCUUGAAGAUCACACUGAAGGAAAUUGUGCAGAUGGUACGCAGCAAACUAGAGGAUGCUGGGAUCAAAGUCAAGGAUGUGAGGCUCAAUGGUUCAGCGGCCAGCCACGUCUUGGUGAAAGAUAAUGGUCUUGGCUAUAAGGAUUUGGAUUUGAUAUUUGGUGUCACCAUGCCUUCAGAAGCGGAGUUCCAGCUUGUGAAAGACGUGGUGAUCGGUUUACUUCUGAACUUCCUGCCCGAGGGAGUGAACAAGGAGAAAAUCAGCCCGGUGACUCUGAAAGAGGCCUACGUCCAAAAGCUGGUCAAGGUCUUCACAGAUGCAGACCGCUGGAGCUUAAUAUCCCUUUCCAACAAAGACGGGAGGAACAUCGAGCUAAAGUUCGUCAACUCCAUCCGCCGCCAGUUUGAAUUUAGUGUGGACUCCUUCCAGAUUGUUCUGGACUCCCUGCUCUUCUACCACGACUGUUCUGAGAAUCCCAUGUCCGAGCACUUCCAUCCCACCGUCAUUGGUGAGAGCAUGUAUGGAGACUUCGAGGCUUCUCUAAACCACCUGCGCAACAAACUCAUAGCGACAAAGAACCCGGAGGAGAUCCGAGGUGGUGGCCUCAUGAAGUACAGCAAUCUGCUGGUACGUGACUUUAAGCCCGUAGACAAGGAGGAGAUUAAGUCUCUUGAACGUUACAUGUGCUCUCGUUUCUUCAUCGACUUCUCGGAUAUCUUUGAACAGCAGCGCAAGUUGGAGUCCUACCUCCAGAACCACUUUAUUGGUGAGGAGAGGAGCAAGUACGAUUACCUAAUGAUCCUACGGAAGGUGGUCAAUGAGAGCACAGUGUGUUUAAUGGGACACGAACGUAGGCAGACUCUCAAUCUCAUCUCUCUGCUUGCGCUCAGGGUGCUGGCGGAACAAAACAUUAUCCCGAAUGCCACAAACGUCACCUGCUACUACCAACCUGCCCCUUAUGUCAGUGAUGCGAACUUCAGCAAUUACUACAUUGCCAACACUGCCGUCUCCUACAGUCAGUCCUAUCCAACAUGGCUUCCUUGUAGCUAGAGCGGGGGUUUACUCCUCCUAGACUCUCCGGGAUUGUGGACCCUUGAAUUUAUACACUGUGGACACUAGUUGACCUCUAUCGGAAAGGUGGCCUGGGCUUCUGUGGGGAAAAAAAUACUUUUUUUGGUUGUUGCCCAAAGACUCGUGAUCUUGACUUGAAUUUGACUUUGUACAUUUAUCUGUUGCCUAUUAGUUCUGUGAGUCUUAAAGUGGAAGUAAACCCUCCUAUCAUUUCAGCCAAGGAAGCUGCCAUCUUGGCCUCUGUUUAAUCAACUGCCAUGAUCCUGCCCAUGUUGAUCAGUUAUGACACCAGCCAUUGGAUGGCAUGACCGUUUCGUAGAGAACCCAACCAAUGUGACGUUACAUUUCCGGCACAUGCCAGAAAUGUAAUUAACUGUUAAAUUUAGGGGUUUACUUCCACUUUAACUCUUGUCUAACAAGCAAACUGUCUUUGGGGUCUACAGGCCAGAGGGGGUCAAACCUGUAAGCUAUAUGCCAGUUAAGGCCUUAACUUUUUUAAAACCAAUCAGUGUUGACUAUUUAGAUGAGCCAAACUCCAGCAGGGUGAAACUACAACUCUACCAAUGGCUUGCUCUAACUUUUUUUUUGUUUUUUUCAGUUGGAAAGGUUUGGGCAUUUGCAACUUUGGUCUUUAAAAGACCUUGAAUUGGGAUAGGGGGGG